GUUAGGUUGAUAAAUUUAUGAUUUUAAAUGUCAGCAACUUUAUCCCCAACAGGAGUCUUCAAAAAAGGUAACAAUUAUUUUAAAGAUGAACUGGUACAUUUAAUUCACCAUUAAAUGUAUUUUACAUUAUUUUAUGCACAUAAACACUAUACUUAUUCUCUAUAAAAUGUUAUUUAUGACAAUAUUGUUGGGUGUUUGAAACAGAUCAAAUGGAUUUGCACUAUUUCUUAUUUUAAAAAUGUAUUCCAUUUUGUACGGUUUGGUCUUCGUCUGAAUGAAAACUGAGGUAUCACUGUAGUUAUUCACCCAGAACUUCCUUUGCUGUUUUGGGGAAGCCAUCAAGCAAGUUUAGAUCAUUGUUCGCAGAAAACAUCACUAACCAGAGCGAAACGAAAAUGUAGUAUGGUCGUCUUUUCUCUCUCUAGUGAAUAUUAUUGUUGUUAUUGAUAGAAAUCCAAGACAAUUCUCUAAGACGACGUUCUAUAGGUGAUUACCAACUCAGUUCACAAAAUGAAGAAUAGUAUUUCAACGGCAUACCUUUGACUCGAUCAUUCUUGUAGAGGUUGAUUUCUCCUUCGGCCUGGGCCGUGUAAGGACGAGCCACCACAAAGUGUCUCCCUGGGACCGCACUGUACAGCUUCCUUCUGAAUCCUACUGCCUCGCCAUGACUGCUGGGACUGAAAAUGAUAGAAUACACCACUGUUGGUACUGUACCUCAGAAUGUUUUCAUCCUUUGGCAGACAUAAAAAUUCACACACUCAUUCAAACCUAUUCCUAAAACUAACAUACAUGCUUUGAGACUGCAGGGGUGCCUGGAGAGAACAUACACACACAGGGAAAAAAAUACUACCUCCACACAGAAGGACAGGACAAGAAGCACCAGGUUGACACACUUACAGUUAUCUUCUCCAUCCUAAACACAAAUAUUAUAUAUACAAUAUAAUAAGAACUGUGUUACAUUAGUUUAUUUGAAGCAUCUGUAAAUAUUACUUCAGUAACACAUUACAACCCAACCACAACUGUAUUUCGGGAAACACACACCACACAGGACUGAAUAAUUGGACCUGAGAUUAUCCACUGACGCAAUGGCUUCUGGGUAAAAAACUAAACUCUUGCUCCCUCUCAGGACAGGUCUGUGACACCAGAGAAAACUGUUGGAAUUAGGACUGACCUGGAACUUCUACUUCCUCCAUUUUUCUUCAUUUGAAUAUAUGGAUUCAGCUUAAUUUAAUUAUAUACGGGGCAUCCUCACAAAAUGAGAACGUAUAAGCUCCCCUGAGUAGAUAUGAUGAUAUAAUUUAGGACAUAAAUAUAAUACUAGUUGGUGGACCACGUGCGAUGGUGUAGUGCCACUUAGUGGUCAAUCUUCACAACACCAUAGGCAGUUAAACAGCAAUGAAAUAGACUUGCUUAUUCAGUUCAAGUGUCUAAUAAAAAGAAACCAGAUACAUAUAAAAUACAAGAAGCACAGAACACCCUUUACAUUAAAUUAGUUGGUCAAAUACAACUGAAAAAAAUAAAGCAGCUUAAGGGCAAGUGUUAGGGAAAUGAAUACUAAGCUGGGUUUGCUGCAUGUAAAACUGUCAGAAAAUAUUUACAGUAAACUGCUACAUUUUUCAUUGAUGUGCAUCAUUAUUCUACUCAUCAUUCUUUUUGUUAUAUCAGUGUCAAACUAAUUUAAUACAGGGGACAGUGACCCUUAGUGGCAACUGUUAUCAGCAUAAGCAACAUGUAAUUACUGUAGAGCUGCUGACUUAUUUCUGAAUGGGUUGGUGUGUACUCCCUUUGGUCUUGUAUGUUGUACAUGUGUAUAUUUCAUGUUAAUAAAAAAAGAAGAACGUGUUUGAAGGCUUUAGACCACAAUGGGAAUCUCAAUAUAUUAAAACUAAAUUACAUAAUUUGCAAAUAAAAUCAUGAAUGAAGACAAGCACUCUUUUAGAAUGACAUCUAGCCAUUAAGAGCACCAUGGAGUCAGCAGCUGAGGAGGGUGAACUACAUAAAAAUGAAGAAAAAAUGUCAUGCAGAAGAUGGACUGAGAUAGAGGAACUGAUUUUUUUUCGAGUAAUUGGGUCACCUUGUCCUGCAGAACACCUUACUUGUAGAAAACGUUGUAGGUCUUUAGAGAGGUAACCCCAUUCAAAACCAAGUGUGUGUCUAAUAAGUGCUUGCACUUUUUCCUCAACAAAUUGUGGGUAGUAUCCCACACAGCAGAAGACUCCUAUACGGAGCCGCCUUCAAGUCGCCCAACCCACGUUACUGUCACAUUCGUUUUGGCUCCGCCUAGAGGAUACAGCUCUGCCUCUGAAAAUUGUACGGUCAGACAGCUGAUCCUGAGCGGACUCGUGUCUGAUUCGCAUACGCGGACGCGACAAACUAAACCGGCGCGCGCCGCCUAGAGUUAUAGGCUCCGCCUACGCGCGCUGAGCCGACCAAUGUCUGCACCCGCAGACGUGGACGUGCCUACUAGCGUGUACGCGCAUGAGCCAAGAUCAUCAUUUCUGGACUUUCUUUGCUGGAACACGAACGUAAGUAUAGAUUUAUUGAUUUAUUGCUACAUUCGCAGUAAAGAUCGGCCUUUGUGUUUCCAUCAUCAUUUAUGUAUGAUUGUAAUGACGUUGUUUGAUAUUAGGACUAGCAGUAAAACUUUAUAUUCUGUAAAAAAAAGGCUACCGUUUUUUAUUUCCAGCGCCGCCUCCCAGAAUGCUUUGCAUGGGGACGUGCGUCUGACGUCACGUAUCCAGAAAAUUCGAAAUGGCUGCACGCGGUAGGUGAGGCCCGAGCGAAGAAAAGUGGAAAAGAGUGUUAUUCGUCAAAAAACCCACACAACGACGGUCAUUUUUUCGCCGUGCUAUUGUAAAAUUGUCUUUUAUCUAUGUUUUGUGUUCCGAGGGACCCCGACUCCAGAAUUUGAAAGUUUCCCGCGUGAAGCCGUGGAGCUCGAGAUCCUGUUUACUGUGGACUAGCUGUGUGUGACGCCCUGUUGUUUUUGUUUCCAUUAAAAAAAAAAGCUAUUUCCUCCUGUGUCACAUUACUGAGGAACAUGGAGUUGGGAUUUGCAAUCUGAGGCAGAGAAUGAGGAGCUGCCAGAAAAAAGGAACAGGAAGCCAGUCCAUCGUCUCGGGUACUCGGAUGAUAGCGAAGAAGACCCGGGAAAUGGUGACCUCACAUCUCUGGGGUUGGCAAGCCAAUUGCACAGGCAGACUCCACCAUCUCGCUGAGUGCCAGCAAGAGUCAUGAGUACUUGUCAACUCGACUCCUCAACUGGAGAUAACUUUCUAGCACCUCACCAUGGGGAAGGAUGUAUUCAUAUGCCUUCACCAGCACCUGCAUUAAACAUGCAGAGAGUUACACAAGUUCUUACCACCUUGGGGCACCAUUCAGGGUGCCUUUUCAUCUGAUUAAAUUUAUAAUGAACAGGGACAUUGCGGUUGUCCCAAGUGGAUGGUAUGAUGAUUGGAUGGUUUUCUGGCCCAGCUAUAAAAACACCGACAGAAUUGAAAGGGCAGCUUUAAAUGUGGAGCAGCAUGAGCCAAACUGGCCAAGAUUUGACGUUUCUGUUGUCCGAACUUGUGACAACUACAAAGACGCAUUAAAAAUAAUGCAACAAUAUGGAAAGGGCUGCGACACCUCAGGUCUGCAAUCUGAGGCAGAGAACGAGGAGCUGCCAGAAAAAAGGAACAGGAAGCUAGUCCAUCGUCUCGGGGACUCAGAUGAUAGCGAAGAAGACCCGGGAAAUAGUGACCUCGCAUCUCUGGGCACCUCACCAUGGGGAAGGACGCAUUCAUAUGCCUUCACCAGCACCUGCAUUAAACAUGCAGAGAGUUACACAAGGAACGGCAGUCCCUCCUCGACUCCCUUCACCCCCCUCACCAGCAGCCCUCAACAUGUGGCAGACACAGGAGCCUGGAUCCAGCCUGGCCUACAGGCCAACAUGGCGAGGGGGAAGAAUGGCCGACAACAUUUUCUGCUCUGCGCCUGAGGUAAUCCAGAUCCUUAGCCUGCUGGAAACUAUUAAGCACAACCAAGACCAGCUGAUUGCGAAGGUGCUGUGAGUAAAAACGUGUUGACAAGGUCAGCCACGGACGCUGAGGUCACCAAACACGCCAUCGGGUGGUUCAACUUGGCGGGGGAUCGGGCAACGAGGAGACGAGUCCCGCUUCCACCUCCUCAGGAGGAAUAGAGAUGU